CUGCUCGCCAUGGCCCCCGCGCUGCUCCUGGUUCCCGUUGCCGUCGCCUCUUUCAUCCUGGCCUUUGCUACCGGAGUGGAGUUCGUGCGCUUCACCUCCCUCCGGCCGCUUCUCGGAGGGGUCGCGGAGAGCGGCGGUGCGGACACCCGCCAAGGCUGGCUGGCUGCUCUGCAGGAUCGCAGCGUCCUGGCCGCCCUGGCUUGGGACUUGGGGCUCCUGCUCCUGUUCGUGGGCCAGCACAGCCUCAUGGCAACUGAGACCGUGAAGGCAUGGAUGGCCCGGUACUGUGGGGUCCUUCAGAGGUCACUGUAUGUGGCAUGCACUGCCCUGGCCUUGCAGCUGGUAAUGCGGUACUGGGAGCCGGUACCCAGAGGCCCUGUGUUAUGGGAGGUACAGGCAGAGCCCUGGGCCACCUGGCUGCCCCUCCUCUGCUUCGUGCUCCACGUCAUCUCCUGGCUCCUCAUCUUCAGCAUCCUUCUGGUCUUUGACUAUGCUGAGCUCAUGGGGCUCAAACAGGUGUACUACCACGUGUUGGGACUGGGUGAGCCUCUGGCCCUGAAGUCUCCCAGGGCUCUGCGACUCUUCUCUCACCUGCGCCACCCGGUGUGUGUGGAGCUGCUGACGGUGCUGUGGGUGGUGCCCACGCUGGGCACCGAUCGCCUCCUCCUUGCACUGCUCCUGACCAUCUACUUGGGCUUGGCGCACGGACUUGACCAGCAGGACCUCCGCUACCUCCGGGCCCAGCUGCAGAGGAAACUGCACUUGCUUUCCCGGCCCCAGGAGGGGGAUGCCGAGUGAGGGACGCUGCUCUCAAGCGCUGUUCUUCCUGUCCCCGUCAAGUUUCAAGUCCUUUGUUGCCCGGUGCCGCCUGCUUCAGCCUGGAAGCCCAGAUUGAUGAACUGAAUGAAGGGGCUGUGGGUUGCCCUGUUCCGACCGCUCAGCCUAAAUCCAGCCGUAGACACUCGCUGGUCCACUUCUCAGCGGCAAGGAAAUGGGGGAACCACUGUCU